AAUAUUCAUUUUUAUAUGUAAACUUUUAGAUAUACAAAUAAAUCACAGUACAGAAAAAAUAAAUCACGUUAAAAGGGUAAAAGAAAAGUCAGCUGACCAAAUUGCAACAAAAGUAUACAAAACUAUUCCAGCAGGACGAAAGCAAUUUAAUCUAAAAACAAACUACCGAAGCAUACAAAAUGACACCCAAAAAUAUUGAUGAUCCAGUGGACGGCAAUUCCUCCGCAAAUGCAGGAGAAUCUGAUCUGCGAGAAGUGCAAGAUGUUAACGAAAGCCUAGAUGAGCUCACUAAAGUUUUGGACUUUUUCGAACAACGUACCGACGAUAUGAUUGCCCAGCUUAAAGUACUACUUGAUUCCAAUCGAGAAAUACGCCAACAAAUAGCUCAAGAUAAAGAAAAGGAGACUACCGCCUCUUUGGCAGCAGUGAGCAUUAGCUGUAAAGCUGAAGACGCUGAUGCAAUUGAGAACACCGAUGGUUAAGUGCGUUGAACGUUUAUGCACGGGAAAUGUGCAUACAAAAGUAUUAUAGGCCGUGAAAUCUUCGUUAACAUUUGCUUGCUUUGGUUUAAUUAAUUAGCUUAAAUACAUGUAU